AGUAGUGGGUCGUCUCUCACUUGUGUUCAACGUCCCUUGCCUGCAAGCAAUGUUAGACCUCUCUUUUUGAGGCUUUGACACACAGAAUCUAUACACAGAAACAAACCAACAACAAAAAAAAAAGAAAGGAAUAAAAAUAGCAAUUCAUAAUAAAACAGAGUUCUCUGUUUCUGUUUCUUUCUCUUCUUCUGAAAAAAAGUUGGAGCUCAUUUUCUGCAACUGUCGUUUUGAUUCGGCUCAAGCUUCUUCUGUUUUUUUUUCCAUAUGGGUUUUUUGCUUCUUUGAUUGCUAGUGUUGGAGAAAUAGAGGGGAUUUUAGGUUGGGAAGUUUCGAAAAUAUGUCUUUUAAAAGCAAAACAGAGCAGUCUAGUAGGAGUUUUGUUUCAAAGAAAUGGACUUUUCUUCUUUGUUUGAGCUGCUUCUGUGCUGGAAUUCUCUUCACCAAUAGGAUGGUGGCUGUUCCUGAAUCUAAAGCUAUCAUGCGGACAACCGCCGUAGAAGCUGAAAAAUUAAAACUCAUUUCUGAGGGUUGUAACCUAAAAGCUAAAGGAGAAAAGCAUGUAUCAAAGGACAUCAUUGGGGAGGUUUUCAAGACUCACCAUGCUAUACAGACAUUGGAUAAGACUAUUUCCAACUUAGAGAUGGAAUUAGCUGCUGCAAGGGCGGCACAAGAAUCUUUACACGGUGGUUCUCCGUUAUCCGAAGAUGUGAGUAGAGUUGGAUCAUCUAGGAAGAGAAAGUAUCUGAUGGUUAUCGGAAUUAAUACGGCUUUCAGCAGCAGGAAAAGAAGAGACUCAGUUCGUGCUACAUGGAUGCCACAAGGUGAAAAGAGGAAGAAAUUGGAGGAUGAAAAAGGCAUUAUUGUUCGCUUUGUUAUUGGCCAUAGUGCUACAUCGGGUGGUAUUUUGGACCGAGCAAUUGAAGCAGAGGAUAAGAAGCAUGGAGACUUCUUGAGGCUGCAGGACCAUGUUGAAGGUUACCUUGAAUUGUCUGCAAAGACCAAGAUAUAUUUUGCUACUUCUGUUGCUUUGUGGGAUGCAGAUUUUUAUGUUAAAGUCGAUGACGAUGUCCAUGUAAAUAUAGCAACACUUGGAGAAACUCUAGUUAGACACCGAAAGAAUCCUCGUGUAUAUAUUGGAUGCAUGAAAUCUGGUCCCGUCCUCUCUCAAAAAGGAGUUAGAUACCAUGAACCCGAGCACUGGAAAUUCGGCGAGACAGGAAACAAAUAUUUCCGGCAUGCUACUGGACAGUUGUAUGCCAUUUCAAAAGAUUUGGCCUCAUAUAUAUCAAUAAACCAACACGUUCUACAUAAGUAUGCUAAUGAGGAUGUUUCACUGGGAUCUUGGUUUAUUGGACUUGAUGUGGAACAUGUUGAUGAUCGGAGAUUAUGUUGUGGCACGCCACCUGAUUGUGAAUGGAAAGCUCAAGCUGGCAACAUCUGCGUUGCUUCCUUUGAUUGGACUUGCAGCGGAAUUUGCCGGUCUGCUGAUAGGAUUAAAGAGGUUCAUCGGCGGUGUGGGGAAGGUGAGAAUGCUCUGUGGAGUGCUACUUUCUAAUCUGCCGCUUUCAUGUGCUUCCUAACUUAGGAAGACAAUAUGGUGGAGCGUUGAGCAUGCGCAAGCAGACGUUCAAAAUCUUCUUUUUCGUAGUCUAAUGAGUACAUAAAAUGUUAUAUCUAGAGAGAGCGCAUUGAAACGGGGCCUUUGCGAUUUUACUGUGGAAGGUUAUUGUCACUGUCACUGUCACCGUAGCAGCCCUAAAUGAAAGCGGCUGUCAUCACUCACCACCCACUCAUUCUUUCGGACAUGAAAGCCUACUUGUAAGUUAAAGUUCCAUAAAAAGCUCAUAAUAAAGAAGAAAAUAUUUUUUUUGGGUAA